GGAAGAUUACCCUAGUUGUAUAUUGAUGUCGCUAUUUGCAAUUGGUGAUAUCAUCUGAUAUAUCGCACACCCUUACUUCCUAGUCGACCGUCCAACCGGCAACGACGUCACUGUGUGAGUGAGUGUACUUUUCCGACUUUCCACUUUCUUCUUCCCCUUUCGGUCUUGACGGCGACGGCAGCAGCAGCAGCGGAUUAACUUGUUGUAAAAUUGUGAUGCAGUUAUUAAACAACUUUCGUCACAUGUAUGAAUUUCUUUUCACGCACUCCCGACGAACGAAACGAACGCCCAACGACGACGACGACGACGACGACGUCGUCGAGCAGUCGGGACUCGAAGGUUGCUUCCUUACGCGCGGCGCCGUCAUUUCUUCGCCGACUUUCGAGGAAGAAAAGUGCGUGUCCGUCGGACGGAGAAAUAGUUCUUUUGAAGUAGUUGAACUGCUAGUGUGCUUCAGGGGAGUUGGUCCUCCUCCGGCCAAGACACCAGAGGACCCUCCUCUCGUCGGGAAAAAGAAUUUAAAACGUGUCGAAGAAUAACAGUUCUUGACCCCUUUUUUUGGCUAACCAAGAGGGAUGAACGCAAAAAUCCCUCGCUUUUCGGCUUUCUAACAAAAACGGCAAUACACAACACAUUGUAAAAAAAAUCAAGUGCAAGAAAAGAGUGCUUUGAAAAAAUUCAAAAUUUUCCCCCUUUUUUCAAAAAAAAAAAAACAAGCAAAAUUAUCGCGCGUCUCCAUCGGCAAGAAAGAGAGCGAAAGCAAAACAACCGUCAGUGCACCAAUCUAGUUACCCGAUGUGAAUUGUGAUACAAGAAAAAGAAGGCAAAAUGUUUUCGAUUGAAUCAAUUUUAAAAUCUCAAAUCUCCCAGAGAGUCAGAAUGCAGAUCCAGCACGUGAGGGACCUGUGUGCCGUUCCGGGCGGUGCAGCAGCGGCAGCCGCGGCGGCCGCCGAGCUGAACUGCACCGGUGAUAUCCUGUCGGUGCAGAACCUGCUGCCCCAGUUGGCCCCACCGCCGGAGAACAAACCGCACCAGUGCCAGCAGUGUCUCAAGAGCUUCUCCUCCAACCACCAGCUGGUGCAGCACAUCCGGGUCCACACCGGCGAGAAGCCCUACAAAUGUUCCUACUGUGAUCGCAAGUUCAAGCAGCUGUCGCACGUCCAGCAGCACACCCGGUUGCAUACUGGCGAACGCCCGUACAAAUGCCACCUGCCGGAGUGCGGCCGAGCGUUCAUCCAGCUGUCGAACCUGCAGCAGCACCUGCGCAACCACGACGCCCAAGUCGAGCGGGCCAAGAGCCGCCCCUUCCACUGCAAUCUCUGCGGCAAGGGUUUCGCCACCGAGUCUAGUCUCCGGACGCACACUUCCAAGGAACUUCAACUGCACCUGGGAGUGUUGCAGCAACAUGCCGCCCUGAUCAGCAACUCCAACAGCGUGACGUGCAAUGUAUGCAGUAAGAUAUUCCUCGGCGUGGAUGCCCUCAACGAACACAUCAAAUACUCGCACAAAGAAGUGGCUGACUACAGCACUAAAUGUCUAGAGGAACUGAAACAAAGAAUUUCUUACACUACAGUGAAGCGAAGGGUAGCGAACCACCCGUGCCCGAUGUGCGGCAAGCACUACGUGAACGAGGGCUGCCUGCGGAAGCACCUGCUGACGCAUCCGAGGACGCCGGGCGCCCCGGGGCCGCCCUUCCGGUCCAACCUGCAGAUGUGGCCCUGCUCGGUGUGUCAGGCCGUUUUUACGCACGAGACAGGCCUCAUCACCCACAUCGAGCACAUGAAGAUGGACCCGAAGCACCAGUUUGCCGCGCAGUACAUGUUCAGCAAGGCGGUGGCCGAGCAGCGCGAGAAGGAAUCCAAUGCCCUCGGCGGAAUGGGUGGAAGCGGCGGGUCCGGUCCAUCGAACGCCAUGAUCUCGGUCAAGGAGUUGACCCAUCAGAACAGCAUUUCGCCGCUGAACUACUCGGAGAACUCGUCCACCAUGGGAUCGGAAAAGAAUGGGGAAGGGGGUGGUGGUGGAGGUGUCGGCGUGGGGCCAUUUGAUAACCAUCGAUUGGCCGCGGCGGCCGUCGCCGCUUCCGGAGGUCACGGCAAUCCGUUCGGGGUCGUUCCGGGGGAUAACAACAACAGCCAGUUCUCGAGGAUGAUGAUGCUGCAGGAGCCGAAGUUCGAUCCGGAUCUGAUGUUACCAACGGAUGGAACGUCCUCGGCGGUGCAGGCCGCAGUCGUCAAUUUGGCCACCGCCAUGCGGAUAGGGCAAUCCUUCAAGAACAAUUCGAUCCACGGAGACCAUCUGGGCCAGUCAAAUCUGGGCCCGCUGAAGAAGAAGAGCAAUUUUAUCAAUUUUAACGAAAUGAAGUACCCACUGUCCAAUCGGCAGAACUACCCCCCAACGGCGGAUUCGCCGCUGGGAGGUGCUGGAUUAGGUGGGGGUCAGAACGCGUGCGGUCCUUCGUCGGAGACGGCGAUCCGGAUUCAGCAGGCGGAAGCCAUUCUGAGAUCUCAAGCCGAGGCAGCUCUGAGGUUAGCCGUUUCCCAGGCGCAGGCCGUAGUUUCUUCGAAUGCGGGAGGGGGUGGUCAUGGGAUAGGGGGUGGAGGGGGAGGCGGACACUUGGGACCCCUAGGGAACCCCCUGAUGGGCAGGUGCAAUGAAGAGAGUAGAUCCAAUGAAAAUUGUCCCCCGUUCGGUGAUCCGAACGGGGAACACCUGAGGGCAGUCAUGAGAGAACAUCACGCCCACCAGCAACAUCUUCAGCAACAACAGCAACAACAACAGCAGCAGCAGCAGAAUAACGACGAGUGCCAUCAAUUCUCGCAGAGUCCGGUGCCGAGGAACGGCCUAGACCUUACCGACGAGUUCCUAAAAAGUGAAAACGUACUGAAAGGGUGAGAGUAAAUAGAUGUAAAUUUUGAUGCCAUAUUAUAUUUAAUUUAAAUCAAUGCAAAAACAAACAAAAAAGCAGAAAGAAAUCAUCAGAUGAGACGGAGGUUCUGAGAAAAUAGCGAAUGAAAUGGGAAUGUUGAAAGAAAUAUUGGAUGGGAAAUAAUGCAAUUUGGGGCGGGGAAACACAGCUAACAAAGAUGAAUCAAACCACAACACAUUGAUUGACAUGAUUACUGAUAAUCUGGGACUUGAAUGUGUGAAUCAAUAACUAAAUGAUAAAAUAAAACAAAGAACAACUGAUGCAUUAUGCCAUAUUAAGAAA